GUUCAUGUCGUCGAGUCUGUAAUCAUCAAAUAUGUAAAUUUUACUGUUAUCGGUGCCAUGAAAAAACUAUCUGGAGGAAAGUUGGUCCAGGUAGUGGUCGGUGUAGUAAAUCUAUUCACGGUUAUGGGAAAUUACCCAGUUCCUUACGUGCACCACCCCCACCACCAUCCUUUUGUCACACUUGCCGCCAACAUCCGGUCCGGUUCUGGCACUGUGCCACCGAUCUGGGCACUGUACGCGUGUCCUAUUUGCAUCACUCCGAUCCCAGACCCCGACCUGGAAAAGGUGUUAGACUUUACGAAAAAAAUUGGCGACACGGUCUCUCAAAUUGGCACAACUUUAACAGAAAUUGGGCUUAUCGCCAUGGAAGACAAUCCAGAGGUGGGGGCGGCCAUAAUGAAAAAGUUACAGGGUCAGGUGGCCUCUGGUUCGAAAGUGAUGGCGCAAUAUGCGGGACAAUCUGGAACUUCGGCGGGAAGGUCGAAGCGGGCCGCGAUGAUGGACGGCUCCUCUGCGCUGGACAUGGUUGGCGACUCUCUCGCCAAGGUGGGCGGGAUGAUUAGCGCCGAUAUGAAAAAAUUGAGCAAACGGGCGCAAGAUAAGAUCAAUAAGAAGAAUAAAGACGCAUUGGAUUCUUGCAGAGCGGAUAGUUGUAAAGCUGCGUCAAAAUUGUUGGAGGAGGAUGGAGAGCGGCAGAAAUAAUUAAGUAUUUAAGUAGGGACUGAUUUUUAACUAAUUUAACGACACAACUAAUUAUGCUAAGGUAAAUUACAUUCUUAUAAUGCAAUAUGUUAUUAUCUGCAUUUAGUUGUAAAAAUUACAACUACAUAUGUAAAUGCAGAUAAUUCUGACUUUUAUUAGCCGAGAUUUGCAAACCAUUUGUUUCGAAAUUUUAUAAGAAAAUUGGAAAUGCAGUUGUGUAUGUAUUAAACUAUUAAAUACUCAUACUGAUAAGCCCAUUAAGAAUUUCUAUUUAAUUUCACCCUUCGGCAAAGAUAGUUUCAGAAACUUUUAAUUUACAGAAAUUCAUGGGUAUGUACUUUGCAUCUCCGCCGCUUCAAUGUAAUGCUUGGAACUGAAUCAAUUUGCCAAAAAGUUUACAGGACAUUGUACCGUUUAAGAUUAAAUUGUUUUCUGACAAUGAAAUAAAUAAUCUUGCCCUUCUGACGUA